ACAUUCACACGGCCUUGAGUGGCUCGUCCGUAUCGUCCGGUAUUGCCUGUAUCGUCUGUUCCGUCUGGUCUGUACGUCCGUAUUCUGGUUAUUAGCUUGAGGUAUGGCAGUGGCCAGAAUUAGUGUACAGAAUUAUCGAUGCAUUUCAACGUCUGUGGUAUGUUGUGGUAAGAGGAACUUUAGAAAAUUUCUUUUGUACAACAAACGUGGGACGAAGCUAUUUAAAGAAAGACAGAUGACAAAGGACCGGGAUCCAGAGCUAUUUCACGACCUGGGAGUGAGACCUGUUGGAUAUCAUGUAGGGGACACAUUCGUUAAAGUGCCCGAGAUGAUCCCAGAAUUGAUUGUACCAGAUUUAACAGGCUUUAAGCUGAAGCCAUAUGUGUCGUAUCGAACACCUGAUGUGGUGCAGUCAGAAUUUACACCUAAAGAUCUGUUUAAUGCAGUAUACAGUGAGAAAGUUGUCAAUGACUUCAAGAAUGGAAAACUUACCGAGACUGGAGAGCCUUUAGAACCCAGUCCAGAGGAGCAGCUCACACCUGAAGAAGCUUAUGUUCAAGCUAGGAAAACUGGAACAGAUAUCUUCUAGGUGGUACUGUGUGUGCAGCGCGUGUAUGUCAGCAGCAGAAGAGACACUGUUGCAAUAAAAGUUGUAUACUUUCACAAAUUAA